AGAGAGGGCGGCUCGCGAACUUACUUUCGUGUCGGUGAAGCGAGGAAGAGCGAAAACACUGUAGUAAACGGGUGUUAGUGCAAAACCGAGGGGCUGGGACGCGCUUGUGGAUUUUAACACCUUCGUUUUGAGCGAGAGUUGGAGCCGGAAUGGCGGACUUAUUCAGCUGGGGACAGCCCACCAUGCAGCAAGGUACGCCGUACAUCGAGAUCAUCGAGCAGCCCAAAGCGAGAGGCAUGCGCUUUCGCUAUAAAUGCGAGGGAAGAUCAGCCGGCAGCAUUCCUGGAGAAAAAAGCAACGACUCCACCAAGACACACCCAGCCAUCAAGGUGAAUAACUUCAGCGGCCCGAUCAGAGUGAGGAUCUCUCUGGUCACCAAGAACCAUCCGUACAAGCCCCACCCACAUGAGCUGGUGGGAAAAGACUGUAAACACGGCUACUACGAGGCUGACCUGCCCGAGCGACGCGUUCACAGUUUCCAGAAUCUCGGUAUUCAGUGCGUGAAGAAGAAGGAUGUGGCCGAAGCCGUUUCCUGUCGCCUGCAGACACAGAACAACCCUUUCAACAUUCCCGAAGCUAAAGUGUGGGAGGAGGAGUACGACCUGAACGCUGUGCGCCUCUGUUUCCAAGCAACCAUCACAUUGUCAAACGGGGAGCUCUACCCCCUGGAGCCUGUCGUCUCUCAGCCCAUCUACGACAACAGAGCCCCGAACACAGCCGAGCUAAAGAUCUGCCGCGUGAACAGGAACUCCGGGAGCUGCCGGGGCGGAGACGAAAUCUUUCUACUGUGUGACAAAGUGCAAAAAGAGGAUAUCGAGGUGCGCUUCUUCCGAGACUCAUGGGAAAGUAAAGGGUCGUUCUCCCAGGCUGACGUCCACCGGCAGGUCGCCAUCGUGUUUCGCACGCCACCCUACUGCGAUACAAACCUGACAGAGCCCGUGAAGGUGAAGAUGCAGCUGCGCCGGCCUUCAGACCGAGAAGUCAGCGAGCCCAUGGACUUCCAGUAUCUACCCGCCGACCCAGACGAGUACAGACUGAUGGAGAAGAGGAAGAGGACAGAGGGAAUGCUCCAAAACCUUAAACUCGGCAACAUUAUGUCAGAUAACGUCCAUCAGAGACCUUUCAAUACCGCCAGAAGAACACUGCCAACUUCAAAACCUUCAGCUACUAUUAGUGCUCCUCAACCAGUGGUGAAUCCUGUGUCGUGCGUCGGACCUAUGAAGGCUCAGUCUGUGUUCACCAGUUCCACUCCAGGCCUCCUGUUCACCCAGCCCAAGCCUGAGCCGGCAUCCUCUAAUACGGAAGGAUGGAAGUUUUUCAGCAAUGUCACCGUGCAGCCUUCUCCCGCCGCCCCAGCUUCGUCUAGCACUCAAGACUUCCACACCGUCAACCUGUCCGACUUGCACGACUUCUCCUUUCCUAAUUUCGUCGCCCCGGCUCCCGAUCAGACCGACAUGAGCAGCAGGAGGGAUGGACCCGGAGGUAACGGAGCUGCGACGGCGACGACCCAAGAAGUCCAAAACACGUUCGCGUCUAUGAUGGAUGUGAAUGAGAUCCCAGAGUUCCCGAGCUUCUCUGAAGCCCACCCGUCCGACGUGGAGAACAUUAACACCGACGAGUUUCAAGCGCUCUUGGGCCAAAGCGGACUCGCCGGAGAGACCUCUUCUGUAUGUCACGUGAACGCGUCGGGAAACGCCGCGAUGGUUCCCAACGACGUAGAGCAGGUGGAUAGAAACAUGGGCAACGGAACCUGGAUGAGUUUCCCGCCGAGCAUUGUCAACCUCCUGCAGAACCAGCAGAUGACGGACGCCGUGGUGCCCGGCACGUCCGCCGCGGACGCCGGAGUGUCCGGCACGUCCGGCGCACCCUCCGUCUUUGAGGACCUGGAAAUGCUCAACUCCAUGGACGAAGAUCGCCUCAUGUCCAUUUUAAACGUCGGCAGCGAAGUCAGCUUCCUGUCCGGGCAUCCCACUUAGAUCGUAAAAACCCGGCAGGAUUUGGAUUGUUGCUUAUAUCUAGACUGGACCUCGAAAAGAAACAGGGGAACAGCAACAAAAAAAAAACGGAGGACACAUUUUUACAUCGCCUCCCGAGGCAUUCAUUAUCUCAAGUCUGGCUUCCUUCAAUUAAGACGCAUACCUUGCAGCAUUUACAGCAUUUCAUUUGCCUCGCUUUUUUCAGAGAACUCUCUUGUCAUGAAAGGACGUUACGUUUUGGGAAAGCAAGACAGAAUGAAUAGGCCACGCCCACUUGUCACACCAUUUAUUAUUUUUUUAUGUCGAAAUGAUUUCAGACGUAAUCAGCCUUUUAUAACAGACCUUGAUAAGCAUUAAAGGUCCACUAAGUCCAAGUUUUCAGUUACAUAAUACAAUAGAGGAUAAACAGUAUGUGUAUGGAAACCUGACGCCAUAAUGACAUCAGAUCGCCCCUGAAGUGGCCCGUGAUGUUACUUCCUUUCCAUAUAUUAUGCAAAACAACGUGAUUGUUCAUGUGAUUUAGUAUUUGGGACUGUGACUGGGAUUUUGGGGGUUUCCUUUUUGAAAUUGUUAAUUUUUGAAACCAUUUUUUAUGACGUGAAAGGAAUGGAUGUCGAACAUAAUGAAAUGUUAAUGCCUUGUUCAUCUAAAAGAGUUUUUUCACGAUAGAGAUUACGCCAGCAGCUAGUCGAAUUUAUCAAAACACCAGGAAAUUUAUCACGAUCUUUGGGAUUUAACCUUUACGCGAGCAAUUAUGAUUCGAAGAGAGAUUAAUAUUAUGGCUUUAAGCUCGCCCUUAAUCACUUUCUGCACUCUUAAGAUUUUCCAAAGAAAUAGAAAUCUAACAUGAGUCAUGUUACUGUUUAGUAUUGUAUUUCUAAGAUACUUUUCCCUCCAAAGAUUUUAAACUGUUCUAACAUGGUUUAAAAGAAGAGAUGCGCUUGAAUCUCUCUGCCAAAUUUUUAUUUGGGGUGCAGGGGAUGUGGCGACGACUGCCAGCCGAGUUCCUGUAACGCGCAAGUGGUUUUGGUGAAUAAUUGCGUGUACAGUUCCCACAGAUACAUGCGUCUCUCCUGCAAGUUAUCCAAGGAUUGCGUGCUCCACUCGCCUCAGACGGGAUCGCCGUUUACGUACCUUGGGUACGGCUUUCUUUAAAAAUGUUUGAGGUUUUAGCGCGGCUAGAAGUCUCGUCGCCGUACUUUGCUUGAAAUCUUCUGAAACUGUCGAUUAGUUUUUACACCACUGAUUUCAUUAACCAGAAAUGUUCUGGUCAAGUCCCAGUUUGACUUGAACACCCCUCGUAUAAAUAUGCGCGUAUGCACACUGUAUAUUUUAUGAAGUUACAAAGAUGAAUGCUGCCAGAUAGUUAUACGCCACACAUGGUAUUUUUUUUAUGGUUUAUAAUAUCAUAAUUUUUUACAUAACUUAAACACCACUUUUUUUUCUUCUCUUUAAAACUGAUUCGAUUAGUCCUGUUUCACACAAUCAGAAUGGCUUUUCUGCUUAAUCCGACUUCGGGUUUUGUACAUAGACGCAGAUUUCCAGACGCAAACAGCUGUACAGCCGUAUGUUUUAAAAAAAAUAAAAAGGGUAGACGGAAAUGCUAAACCUGGUAUAAUUUGCUAAAUCUUCAAGUUAAGCGCAACGGUUUUCUACCACUGAAUAAAUGUUGUUUUUCUUUGUUUAUGUUGUCGUGUAGUGAUGAGAAUAUGAAGGGGUUGUUUCCGCGCAGACCGUCAUGUUAUCUCUGAUAUAUUCCGAUAUGUUUUUGAAUAAACAACCGGUUGAGAUGUAAUAGAGAUAUAAAGUGUAAAAAGGAUGUUUGUAGAAUUGAUUUUCUUGUCUGUCCUAUUGUUGAUUUUUAAACAGAAACUGAAAAUAUAUAUAUAUAUAUUUCCAUUAAAUAAAAAAAAGCUG